AUGCAAAUUUUAGCAUGCUAGAGAUUCUGUUUUACCCCUUUUGUGUGCAGUAACAUGCCAUGACCAAGCUAUUCUUGUUUUGUUUUUUAGUGUGGAAGGGAAUGGAUUGAGAAUAGACAGAGGCGGCGUAUCUUGUCCGAUUCUGCACUGCUGGCUACUAGGCAGAAUGUCCACUGAUGAGCGGCACUUGACCUCCAGUUGUGGAUCUUUCAUCAAGACUGAGCCAUCCAGUCCAUCCUCUGGAAUUGACGCCAUCAGCCACCAUAGUCCCAGUGGCUCAUCUGAUGCCAGUGGUGGUUAUGGCAUCACUAUAGGUGGCCAUUCUAAUGGCCUGGACUCACCACCCAUGUUUGGCAGCGCAGGGAUUGGUGGAGGACCUUGCCGCAAGCGAUAUGACGACUGUGCCAGUGCUAUUAUGGAAGAUUCACCCACUAAAUGCGAAUAUAUGCUCAAUGCCAUCCCGAAAAGGCUAUGUCUAGUAUGUGGGGACAUUGCAUCUGGAUAUCACUAUGGAGUGGCCUCUUGUGAAGCAUGCAAAGCCUUCUUCAAACGAACAAUUCAAGGGAACAUUGAAUAUAGUUGUCCAGCUACCAAUGAGUGUGAAAUCACAAAACGGAGGCGCAAAUCCUGUCAGGCCUGUCGUUUUAUGAAAUGCCUCAAAGUGGGGAUGCUGAAAGAAGGAGUGCGUUUGGAUCGAGUGCGUGGAGGCCGCCAGAAGUACAAAAGAAGACUGGACUCCGAAAGUAGUACUUAUCUGAGUUUACAGAUUUCCCCUCCAGCCAAAAAACCAUUGACUAAAAUAGUCUCCCACUUGCUGGUGGCUGAGCCAGAGAAGAUUUAUGCUAUGCCUGACCCGACCAUGCCGGAAAGUGACAUCAAAGCAUUGACAACGCUCUGUGACUUGGCAGACAGAGAGCUUGUUGUGAUCAUUGGCUGGGCAAAGCACAUCCCAGGAUUUUCUAACCUUUCUUUGGGAGACCAGAUGAGCUUACUGCAGAGCGCCUGGAUGGAAAUCCUCAUUCUGGGCAUUGUGUAUCGCUCAUUACCGUAUGAGGAUAAACUGGUCUAUGCUGAAGAUUACAUCAUGGAUGAGGAACAUUCACGUUUGACGGGGCUCCUGGAGCUCUAUUUGGCCAUCCUGCAGCUGGUGCGGAGGUACAAAAAGCUGAAGGUGGAGAAGGAAGAGUUUGUCACUCUGAAGGCUCUGGCUCUGGCCAAUUCAGAUUCAAUGCACAUAGAGGACAUGGAGGCAGUGCAGAAACUACAAGAUCUUCUCCAUGAAGCCCUUCAGGACUACGAGCUGAGUCAACGUCAUGAGGAACCACGACGUGCAGGAAAGCUGCUGCUGACCCUGCCUCUCCUGCGGCAAACAGCGGCCAAAGCUGUGCAGCACUUCUACAGCAUCAAACUGCAAGGCAAAGUCCCCAUGCACAAACUCUUCCUUGAGAUGCUGGAGGCCAAGGUCUGA